AUGAAGAGAGCGAGUGCAGUGGCAGUAUUGCUCCUGGUGGUGGCGCUAUUUGGAGGAGUCGUGGAGGGAAAGGUUUAUGAAAAAUGUGAAGUGAGAGCUCUGCUGAAGGCCGGUCUGAAGAAAUCCACAGACACCACCAUUGAGAAGAUCGUGUGCCAUGUGUCCCAGAGCUCAAACUACGACUCGUCUGUGGUUAACACUGUAAAUGUUACCCAAGACGACGGCAGCGUUGAGAAAUGGACGAUGUACGGCCUAUUCCAGAUCACUCAACACUUCUGCACCGGGAAGGAUGGACUGUGUAAGAUUGAUUGUAAAGAUCUCAUUGAUGAUGACCUCACUGAUGACAUCCAGUGUGUGGAGGACAUCAAGAGAACAUUUCUCAAAAACCCCACUGGAGCCAAUAAGAUCUACAGGGAAAUAAUCCCUAAACUCUUCACGCCAAACUGUCCGAAGUCCAUCCUCUCUGACUGUGACUGAGGCUACAGAGAAUCAAAUCUACUGUUUAUCUGAGCUGUCUGAAAGAUAACUGUCAAAUUAAAAUUAAUAUAUGGUAAUAAUCAUUUUUAUUAGUGUUUACU